AUGUUGUUUAUCCUAAUAUUCCAAAUAUUAUGCCACUUGUUAAUAGUACGGGCUCAAGUUUAUAUUGGUUUUCCCUUUGAUGAACAAUUACCAAACGUUGCAAGAAUAAAUCAAACUUAUUCUUUCACUUUGGCCAAUAUAACUUAUAAAUCAACCAAUGAUGCCACUAUUCAAUACUCUGCUUCUAAUUUACCAACCUGGUUAUCAUUUGAUGGUUCUUCAAGAACUUUCAGUGGCUUACCAAGUGCUGAUGACGUAUCUCAAUUCCAAAUUACUUUAACUGGUACAGAUCCAUCCGAUAACUCAGUCAGUUCCAAUAACUAUUCCAUGAUUGUAUCUAAUGAUACUGGUUUACAUUUAAGUUCAGAUGAUGUUAUGUUUACUCAAAUCGCUCAAUAUGGUCAAACCAAUGGAGCUGAUGGUUUAGUUGUAACUCAAGGUCAAAAUAUUAAUAUCAAAUUUGCCGAAUCUGUUUUCCAAUCUUAUCCUAAUUCAAAUAGACCAAUCAUCGCUUAUUAUGGUAGAUCCGCUGAUAGAUCAUCUUUACCACCUUGGCUUGAAUUCAAUUCAGAUGAUUUAUCUUUCUCAGGUACAGUUCCAUAUGUUGUUUCUGAUAUAGCUCCUUCUUAUGAAUACUCAUUUGCCUUUAUUGGAUCUGAUUAUUAUGGAUUCGCAGGAGCAACUGGGAUUUUCAAUCUUAUUGUGGGUGCUCAUCAAUUGAGUACAUCUUUAAAUGAAACCAUCAAAGUAAAUGGUACAUUUGGAGCUUCAUUUGAAAUUCAAAUUCCAGUUUUAUCCGAUGUUUUCUUAGAUGGAUCUCCAAUCAAUCAAGCUAAUAUCUCAACUGUUACUGCUACUGAUUUACCAAGUUUUAUUCAAUUUGACAAUCAGAAAUUUACUUUAAGUGGGACAUUUCCAAACUCUUCAACAUUUGAUAAUUUCUCAAUUGUAGUAGAAGAUGUUUUCCAAAACAGUGUCCAAUUACCAUUUUCAUUUGAUUCAAUUGAUUCUUUAUUCACCAUUCAAUCAUUCCCAAACAUUAAUGCUACAAAAGGGGAAUUUUUCCAAUAUCAAUUAUUACAAUCUGAUUUCACUGAUUUUAAUGACACUAAGAUUUCCGUUGAUUUCAAUUCUUCAUCAAAUUGGUUAACUUUUACUCAAUCUAAUUUGACAUUCACUGGUCAAGCUCCAAGUGAUUUCGAUCAACUACAAGUUAAUAUCAAUGCUCAAUCUGAUUCAGAUAAUGAUACUAAGAAUUUCAAUAUUGUUGGUGUAAGUAAACAAAUCACAACUUCAUCAUCAUCCAGUUCAUCAUCCAGCUCAUCAGCUACAUCUACUGCUUCAAGCAGCUCUUCUUCAAGUUCUACUGCCACUGCUUCCACAAGCAGCUCACCAGACCAUCAAUCAAAAUCAUCUAAAAACCAUAAAGCCUUAAUUAUUGGUCUUGCAGCAGGUAUUCCAGCCUUUGUGUUAGCAAUUGCAGCUAUUUUCCUUAUCUGCUGUUGUGUUAGAAGAAGAAGAAGAAAUGAUAAAGCUGAUAAUGAAAAGGGUAAUCCACCAACUAGUCCAGAAUUAACUGGUCCAGGAUUUGGUACAACCAUCAAUAAAGAUGAUCGUGAUGAAAAUGCUAAGCAAUUAGCUUCAUUGAAUGCAUUGAAAUUAAAUAGUUAUGAGAAUGAUGAUGCUAGAAGUACUUCAUCAUCCUUGACUCAAGUUGAUAGUAAUGAUUCUCGUUAUGUUGAUGCCGAUGAAAAACCAAUCAAAUCUUGGAGAGCAAAGGAUGGAUCUGAUAAUAAGAAUACUGCCAUUAGAAAUUCAAAUGCUUCAGUUAGUACUGUCAAUACUGAACAAUUAUUUUCAGUUAGAUUAGUUGAUGAUGGAUCAUAUAGAAAUUCAAAUCAAUCAUCAUUAUCACGUAAUUUCCUCAGUAAUAAUUCAUUAAAUGGUCUUUUGGCGAGAGAAUAUUCUUCAGGUAAUAUACAAAGAUUAGAUAGUGAUGGUAAUAUUGUUGAUAAUGAAAACCUGGUUGCAAAUGGUAAUAAUAGAAAUUCAAGUCCAAGAAAAGGGUUAUCAAGAGAUCCAUCUAAUUUAGAUGUAUUAUUAGAAGAAAAUACUCGUGAUUUUAGUAGUAAUACCAUCUAUCAUAACGCUAAAAAUUAUCAAGAUCAAUCCGAUGGUGACCAUCCUACAAGAGAAAAUACUGAAGGAAGUAUCAGUAACUUGUUACAUAAAUUUAAUGAUAAUUCACAUUCUGGUAGUGAACAUGAUAUGACUCAAUAUAAUGAUGAUGAUGCAAAUUCUUCUUAUUUAGAUGAUGAAUUUAAAGCUACCAAAGCUUCGGAUGGUCAAUUCAAAUGGACUACAAAUAAUAGUAGGACAAAUUUAAUAUCACCCAGUAGUGAUCAUUUUGAUUUAAAUAAUAAUGAUACCCCUACCACAAAAGUUAAUACAUCACCCACCAUGAAGAAUUCUAAUUUUUCAGCUUUAUCAGUUAAUUCAAAUAAUUCUGAUAACCUUUUACUUCAUGAAGAUUCAGCCAAACAAAUGUCAACAGCAACUUUGAAAGCAACCAUUAGUCCUACUAAGGCUAAAUUAGUGGACUUUACUAGAAAGGGAAGUUUAAGAGAAUCAGCUUAUGAACCUGAUUAUAAAUUUCAAGAAGAAGUUGGUCAAAUUCAUUACAAUGAUAGUGACUAA